UGGGGUCCGCCUUCUGGGGGCGGGAACUGGCGGUGCAGUUUCGUCCGCGCAAGCGCAAGGAGGUGUCCGAGGCAGGAGGUGGAGGCUUCGGCCCUCUAGGUGUCUGGACCUUCCCGGGACUCUGGGCCGCGGAGUGACUGCGCGUAACUUUGGCCGGAGCAGACGCUGCUGCCCGGCGGCGGGUGGCCACCAUGUCCACUUUCCGGCAGGAGGACGUGGAGGACCACUAUGAGAUGGGGGAGGAGCUGGGCAGCGGCCAGUUUGCCAUCGUGCGCAAGUGCCGUCAGAAGGGCACGGGCAGGGAGUACGCGGCCAAGUUCAUCAAGAAGCGGCGCCUGUCGUCCAGCCGGCGCGGGGUGAGCCGCGAGGAGAUCGAGCGCGAGGUGAGCAUCCUGCGGGAGAUCCGGCACCCCAACAUCAUCACACUGCACGAUGUCUUCGAGAACAAGACGGACGUGGUCCUCAUCCUGGAGCUGGUGUCCGGCGGCGAGCUCUUUGACUUCCUGGCCGAGAAGGAGUCGCUGACCGAGGACGAGGCCACGCAGUUCCUCAAGCAGAUCCUGGACGGCGUCCACUACCUGCACUCCAAGCGCAUUGCCCACUUCGACCUCAAGCCCGAGAACAUCAUGCUGCUGGACAAGAGCGUGCCCAGCCCGCACAUCAAGCUCAUCGACUUCGGCAUCGCCCACAAGAUUGAGGCCGGGAAUGAGUUCAAGAACAUCUUCGGCACCCCCGAGUUCGUGGCCCCCGAGAUCGUCAACUACGAGCCGCUGGGCCUGGAGGCUGACAUGUGGAGCAUUGGUGUCAUCACCUAUAUCCUGCUCAGCGGAGCAUCCCCCUUCCUGGGGGAGACCAAGCAGGAGACGCUGACCAACAUCUCUGCAGUGAAUUACGACUUUGACGAGGAAUAUUUCAGCAACACGAGUGAGCUGGCCAAGGACUUCAUCCGCCGCCUGCUGGUCAAGGACCCCAAGAGGAGGAUGACCAUCGCGCAGAGCCUGGAGCACUCCUGGAUCAAGGCCAUCCGGAGGCGCAACGUGCGCGGCGAGGACGGCGGGCGCAGGCCGGAGCGGCGGCGGCUGCGCGCGGCGCGCCUGAAGGAGUACACCAUCAAGUCGCACUCCAGCAUGCCGCCCAACAACAGCUACGCCAGCUUCGAGCGCUUCUCGCGCGUGCUGGAGGAGGUGGCGGCGGCCGAGGAGGGGCUGCGCGAGCUGCAGCGCGGCCGGCGGCUGUGCCGCGAGGACGUGGAGGCGCUGGCCGCCAUCUACGAGGAGAAGGAGGCCUGGUACACGGAGGAGCGCGACAGCAUCGGCCGCGACCUGCGGCGCCUGCGGCAGGAGCUGCACAAGACGGAGGCGCUGCAGCGGCAGGCGCAGGAGGAGGCCAAGGGCGCGCUGCUGGGCGCCAGCGGGCUCAAGCGCCGCUUCAGCCGCCUGGAGAACCGCUACGAGGCGCUGGCCAAGCAGGUGGCGUCCGAGAUGCGCUUCGUGCAGGAGCUGGUGCGCGCGCUGGAGCAGGAGCGGCUGCAGGGCGGGGAGUGCGGCCUGCGCUAGCUGGGCGGCCGGCGGCCCUGCCCCGGCCCCGGCCCCUUCCCCGCGCCACUGUCGUCUCCAUCUCGGCACGCCGGGGCCCUGGCCUGUCCCCCAGCCCCGGUGAGGCCCACCCUCAUGGGGUCACCUUGCCCCACCCUGCCACCGUCAUCUCCUGGUGCCCAGCCGCCAGGCGGGCUGCUUCACACCCUGCUCCAGGGGACCCCGAAGGCAGCCACCCGGCCCUGCCUGCGGACCCCAAGGCCCUCCGCGGCAGGCGGGGACGUCCCCAGCCCGGGUGGGGCCUUCACGGGUGGCCAAGCCCGGCCCCUGUAGUCGAGGGGUCCCUGUGGACUCCGCGGACUCCGCACUCCCGCGUGCCGAUGUGCCUGCUGGAAGCCAAGUGGAAUAAAGUCGCCUUCCCUGA